GCUGUCUCGCUCAAUCUUGUGAGAUGGUGGGAGCAGCAGACGUGGCGUGGACGAGAGACUGCGCGUGGAGGGGCUGAGAGAUGCUGUGAAUAUGAUUGAAAGGGCUCUCCUGUGCGCGCUACUUGUUGACUCAGAGCUUCACCGGGAGCGCAGAGCGGAUCAUCGGAGAUGCCAAUAACACGACGUGAUCACCAGCCGUCCUUCAAGCUUUCUCAGCCACACUAGUUCAUUUAUGACCGUGCGGGGACAGAGGAAUCUUAUUGUAUACUGACUGCAUAUAAAAGACGUUGUUUUUUUAAAGCUACAGUUAAAAGUAACUUAAAAGACGUUUACUUACAGUGUAAUACUAGGGCACAGGAGUGAAACGUGUACAGUCCCCGUUUGAAGGUGCUGUCUGCAACCAGCAUAGCAAGAGGAACUCUGUGGCAGCAUGGCGGAUGAGCUAGCAGAAAUGGAGAUGUCACAGGAGCUUUCCAUGCUCUAUUUGAACAGCAGUCCCCCGAAUGCUUACGCAAACAACAGUAAUGUCACCAACCACACCAGUAUCACCUACUACCCAUACUACCAGCACUCUCUGCCCGUGGCUGCCGCCCUGACCGUGGCCUACCUCUUCAUCUUCCUGUUGUGCAUGGUGGGAAAUGGCUUGGUAUGUCUGAUUGUGCUGGAGAACCGGCGGAUGAGAACGGUCACAAACCUCUUCAUCCUCAACCUGGCCGUUAGUGACCUCCUGGUGGGCGUCUUCUGUAUCCCAACAACCCUGGUGGAUAACCUCAUUACAGGUUGGCCAUUCACAAACACAGUCUGUAAGAUGAGUGGUCUGGUGCAGGGCAUGUCUGUCUCUGCCUCUGUGUUCACACUGGUGGCCAUUGCAGUGGACAGGUUCCGUUGCAUCGUAUACCCUUUUCAACCUAAACUCACCCUACUGGUUGCCAAGGUGACCAUAGUGAUGAUCUGGGUGCUCGCAGUGGUGAUUAUGUGUCCAUCAGCUGUGACGUUGACUGUGGAGAGAGUGGAGCAUCAUUACAUGGUCCACAAUGAAGACUACAACCACACAUACCCACUUUUCUCAUGCUUUGAGAACUGGGCCAACCCACAGAUGAGAAAAGUCUACACCACCGUCCUGUUUGCACACAUUUACCUUAUUCCCCUCACCCUGAUCACUCUUAUGUACGGACGUAUUGGGAUCAAACUCUACACCACCUCUGUGAUCUCUGGGAACGAUCAGCAUGAAGGCGGACAGUCUCACGCCUCCCCUCCGGUCCCUGGAGCCCAGCAGGAAGGCCGGCCCCUCGUUUCCCAAAAGAAGAUCAAAGUGAUUAAGAUGCUGAGCAUCGUGGCCCUGUUAUUCACACUCUCCUGGCUGCCUCUGUGGACCCUGAUGCUCCUCACAGACUAUGGAGGUCUGAACGAAGAUGACUUGGAGCUGCUGAGCGGCUACGUGUUCCCAUUCGCUCACUGGUUGGCCUUCUCGAACUCUAGCGUCAAUCCCAUCAUCUAUGGGUACUACAAUGAGAACUUCAAGAGGGGCUUUCAGGCGGUGUGCAGGACACAUUCAUGCUGCUGUGAGGGAAUAUCGGUGAGGAGCGGAAUGCAACGGAAAGCCAGAGGAGACAUAAGGGAUCCUGCAGUCAACUCCAAUCCCUUGAAUUUCGUUGCAAGGAACCGAGUCUACAAUGACGGCGAUCUGAAGAACUCCGGGACGUGCCUGGAGUUGGAGCACAGGAGAACUGGGCGGCUUUGUAAUAAUUCGGUCUGCUCCAAUGACACAGGAUCUAGUGUGGGAUCUGGGAUAAAAGGGGUGACAAACCAAAAAGUCUUUCAGAUGGAGGAGCCAGAAAGCCCUAUUAGAGUGGGUAAAAACCAAGCCUGGGAUGAAUAGAUGGAUUAUUUGUGCGAUUACCUGACUCCACAGAUCUUUAAUGUAAAGUGAGAUAUGAAAAGUGAAUGAAGUCAGUCUUAAAGUACUCAUCUCUUCAGACAAUUUCUGUGAAAACACUUGGAAGAGGGAAUAAUUCCCUUCUCAAUUUUUCUACAAGGAUUUUGGGCUCAAAAUUCACAAGCUUUUUUUGUUUUGUUUUCCUGGAAAGUGCAAACGAGAACAACGUCAAAAGUCAUAUUUAAAGAAAUAUAUUGCAUUGUAAAGCACUUGUUUACAAACUUUAGCUUUAAUUUGCAAUUAAAAGAUUUUAAUUACUCAAAUUCAUGCCAAAAAAAAAGUCACAUAUUUAAAAUAAAUGUCUAGUCUGAACAUCCAACAGGAAAAUCUGUGGGAUAAUUUCUGAUAUUUGAACUGGAGUCUGUGAAAUGAUGUUUAAGCCUAACAGUUUUUCUCAGAUCAGGCAACAAGCUGUGAUCAGUAAAUUGGCUGUUUAUCUUUUCUCAAGAUUGCAUUGCGCAGUUGCACAAAUGUUUUCCUGAAAUGUGCAUUAGUAUUUUGUAUAUUGUAUUUGUGUGUGUCCAUUAUUAUGUAAAUGAGUGAUAUUAAUACUGUUGUGAAAACCAUUGGAGUGAACACCAUUUGUGGUUAAUACCAAAGGGGAAAGAUGCCAUAUGUCAUAUUUGAUAUAGCUACUGUUGUUCACCACGAGAGAAAACAGAACAGCAGUGCGGCAAAGAUGCGAGGAAUAAGCACAAUCUGUGACUAUGACUCAAAUGUUUAUAUUUUAAUGUUCACUGUGUUUUUCAUGCAUUCUAAGUGGUCUGACUGUGGCUUUAAGAGGCUUAUGUAAAACAUGA